CGCUUCGUAGGUGUUCUCGACAAGAUAAAAGCGGGUCUGGAGUACGCUACGAAUUAUCUGGAGACCGCGAAGGACAUCGCUGAUCUGGUGGCGAAGAGCUUGGACCGUAAUCAGGAGAAGAGACGAGGCGAGGGUGAGGACGGGAAGAAAAGCGAAACUUUUGGACCUUCGAACGUCGUGUCGGCGUUCUUUCGACUCUUGGGACUGGAUUCGCAGAAGAUCACGGCGAUCGCUGUCAACAGCGUGAUAUUCCUCGCGCAGAUGGUACGUAUUCGACACUUUGCACGCGGACAUGGAGUAACGGCGAGUGCAUCGAUCGCAGAUAAGCGCGUUGUUCAACCUGAAAGCCACGAAAGAGAGUCCUGCGAGGAGUCUGGAAGACGAAAGUGACGUUUCGUCUUGGAAUCCAGCUAAACUUAUCACCGAGAGCAAGAACGAGAGAGUGAGUCGGCCUGAAUCGAGA